UUCCGCCACGCACACAAACACACACAUUCACACACACUGCAGUCCGUCUGUGUCAAUCCACUCCAGCCCCUCACCCUUGGCACCCCUUCACCCCAGCCCAUUCAGGCAGCCACACCAUCCACAGUGCAUCCACCAACUUAUCUGUCUGUCGGUCUCUCAAACAGCCGUCCUUCCUGCAUCCCGUCUGCUCUCGCGUGGCCAGACAGGCAGGAAGACAAACUCUCUGUACACUCGAGAGUUGAGAAACGAGUCAGUCAGUCUACGGCUACGGCUGGCUGAUUGCAGGCAGCCACACCACCCACAGUGCAUCCGUCAACCUGUCUGUCGGUCUCUCGCACACACCUGCCUGCCUGCCUGCCAUCUGCUCGCGAUGGACAGACAGACAGACAGACAGACAGGCCGUCUGUACACGCGAGAGUUGAGAGCUCAAUGAAUUAGCCUAUGGCUACGUCUAGUUGGUUGCCAAACGCCACCUGUGCGUCGUCCCCCAUGACCCGCUGCGCCACCCUCACUGUCUGGGGGAUCCUGGCCGCACCCUCCUUGCCCGCCACCUGACGCUCCGUCGUCCAGAGGAUGGCGCGGGCAAAGUCGGGGUAGCUGAUGAUGGCGAUGGAUGCCUCGAAUGGCUGGUCGCCAUGCAGCACUAUCAUGCGGUCGCGGCCUCCUCCCGCCGCAUUGUGGCUGGUGCCGACAGUGUGGCAGUGCCACACGGGCGGCUGCUGCCUGGCGAGCUGCCGCUGCAGAGAAAGUGAGAUGUGACAAUGAGGGAGUGGGGCAGCUGGUGAGGCGCUACUUUGUGUGUGGGUGUGUGAGACUGACCAGUCGGUCGUAGCUUGGGGCAUUGUUCUGCUGAUGGACAGUCUGGUCCGCGACGAAUCGUCCCCAACGCAUCCUGAUGGAUCAUACACAUCAUGGCGGAGCGGCGCAGCCAAUGUCUUUAUGUGUUCGUGUGUGUCAUUCUGCUCAUUUUGCUCACUGAUACAACACAGCGCUGCGAACUGAAGCAUAGUCGGCACCUGCACACAGACAAAGACACGCCACCAAAUGGUCCCUCUCCCAUAGCUUUCCUGCCCCUCUCUCGCUCACCGUCAAUGUGACACACGGGGUUGGCCUCGUCGAACAUGUUGCGGAAUGGGCUGUUGGCCGGCAGCGUCUGCAGUGAGCGGAUGGUCACCUGAUACCUACCCAGCCGCUCCUCGCCGUCGACGCGCUCGAGCGCCACACCGAGGUGGCGGCCGAUGAGGGACAGCUGGCGCAGCGCCUCACACCGCUCGUGGUAGACUGCCCGGCUGCCCACCGCCUCCACAGCAGCACUGCCCAGCUCUAUCGGCAACCGCCCCACCAGCCCCCGAUGCUUCGCCACCCUGACGAUGGCCUCCCACCCCGCCCACUCGCCGCUCUUCUCGAUGGUGUACUGCCACAUACACAAAUGACACAUAAAAUGUGAGAGUCGGAGUGCGUCCAAGUGUGUACCAGCAGCCGCAGCAGGAAGUCCAUCGGCGCAUCCGCGCCCGCCGCGGCACCCGAUAGCUAACGACAUUCUGGAUGGCCUUGGCGACAAUCAGGCGCUCGAUUUGCGAUUUGAUGUAGUCCUCCGACACACGAUGGCUGCCGAGGGGGCAUGUGUGCCGAAAGAGACUGAGGCCGUCAGCGCCCAUUGAGAAAAACAGCUCCCGCUCGACGUCUUGCGGUAAGCGGAACAAACGGAGCGGCUGAUUGGCCGAACCAGCAGCGCUGGAGGCGGCGGCUGAGGCCGCCACCGGGCCCUUCUGCCGCUUCCUCAUCCC